AGCCGGUGUCCCCUUCCAUUGUUCAUUUUCAUCCUUCUGAAUUCUUGAUUCCCACAGAGGAAGCCAUCCUCAGAAGCCAGCCUCUUGGGAGUUUCCUUUUGUUUCCCCAAGAUUAACGAGUUCUGUCCUGUCAGCAGGAGCAGGCAACUAGGGGAGGAGAGGCUGUUCAGGGCUUUCAGCAUUUUUCCAAGGAGUGUUUUUCUCCCUCAAUUCCUCACUGGCAGUGAAGCUGCUUUCUUGUAAGGUCUUCCUCUUCUUCUGAUGAGAUGCUGAUUCUGAUUGCCAUCUAGCAGCUUCCGGUGGUGGUAAGUGGUCAAGAGUGUUUUUCCAGGAGUUGAUCUCAGGUUUUUGAGAAUGCCCCCUAGAGACCCAGUUUGUUUUCUGUAUCAUCCCUCAAGCUUUCAAAGUAGCCUUGCUUUUCUCCUUGGCGUGGUCACGGAAUGGAUACCUGUUUGAUCUUCCUGCACCGCUGAGAAAUCUUCCUUUUGGGGGAGAGGAUUAAGUCUGGGUUGAGAUCUUUACUGUUCCAAAAGUUCAACGAAAGAUGACUUUUUCUUUACUCUGACAACCUUUAGACGUGGAGCGAGUGUCAGUGGUGGUAUUUCGGUAGGCCACUUAUUGAGACCUGGUGAAAGAUCAGGUAUAAUAAUGUUCUGCAGUGAAAAGAAAUUGCGUGAAGUGGAACGGAUAGUGAAAGCCAAUGACCGUGAAUAUAAUGAAAAGUUCCAGUAUGCGGAUAAUCGUAUCCACACAUCGAAAUAUAAUAUUCUCACCUUCUUGCCAAUUAAUUUAUUUGAACAGUUCCAAAGAGUGGCAAAUGCCUAUUUUCUUUGCCUUCUGAUCUUACAGCUAAUUCCAGAAAUUUCCUCCUUGACCUGGUUUACCACCAUUGUGCCUUUGGUCCUGGUGAUAACUAUGACAGCUGUCAAAGAUGCCACAGAUGACUAUUUUCGCCACAAGAGUGAUAAUCAAGUGAAUAAUCGGCAGUCUGAAGUGCUCAUCAACAGCAAACUGCAGAAUGAAAAAUGGAUGAAUGUCAAAGUGGGAGACAUCAUUAAAUUAGAAAAUAACCAAUUUGUUGCUGCUGAUUUACUUCUCCUAUCAAGUAGUGAGCCACAUGGUCUCUGUUAUGUUGAAACUGCUGAGCUUGAUGGGGAAACGAACCUAAAAGUCCGCCAUGCACUAUCAGUUACUUCAGAACUUGGAGCAGAUAUCAGCAGACUUGCAGGGUUUGAUGGGAUUGUUGUCUGUGAGGUGCCUAACAACAAGUUAGAUAAAUUCAUGGGAAUCCUUUCUUGGAAAGACAGCAAGCACUCCCUCAACAAUGAGAAGAUAAUCCUGAGAGGCUGCAUCCUGAGAAAUACCAGCUGGUGUUUUGGAAUGGUUAUUUUUGCAGGUCCUGACACUAAACUAAUGCAGAACAGUGGUAAGACAAAGUUUAAAAGGACAAGCAUUGAUAGAUUGAUGAAUACUCUAGUACUAUGGAUUUUUGGGUUUCUGAUAUGCUUGGGAAUUAUUCUUGCAAUAGGAAAUUCAAUCUGGGAGAGUCAAACUGGGGACCAAUUCAGAACUUUCCUCUUUUGGAAUGAAGGAGAGAAGAGCUCUGUGUUCUCCGGAUUCUUAACAUUCUGGUCAUAUAUUAUUAUUCUCAAUACAGUUGUACCCAUUUCCUUAUAUGUGAGUGUGGAAGUAAUUCGUCUAGGACACAGUUAUUUUAUAAACUGGGACCGGAAGAUGUAUUAUUCUCGAAAAGCAAUACCUGCAGAGGCUCGAACGACCACGCUCAAUGAGGAACUGGGGCAGAUUGAGUACAUUUUCUCCGACAAAACGGGUACCCUCACUGAAAACAUCAUGACCUUUAAAAGAUGUUCCAUUAAUGGGAGAAUCUAUGGUGAAGUACAUGAUGACCUGGAUCAGAAGACAGAAAUAACUCAGGAAAAAGAGCCUGUGGAUUUCUCAGUCAAAUCUCAAGCGGAUAGAGAAUUUCAGUUCUUUGACCACAAUCUGAUGGAAUCCAUUAAAAUGGGUGAUCCCAAAGUUCAUGAAUUCCUUAGGUUACUUGCUCUCUGCCACACUGUAAUGUCAGAAGAGAAUAGCGCAGGAGAGCUGAUUUACCAAGUUCAGUCACCUGAUGAAGGGGCUCUAGUGACUGCCGCUAGAAAUUUUGGGUUCAUUUUUAAAUCCCGGACCCCAGAGACCAUAACAAUAGAAGAAUUGGGAACACUGGCUACUUAUCAAUUACUUGCCUUUUUGGAUUUCAACAACACCAGAAAAAGGAUGUCUGUCAUAGUUCGAAACCCAGAAGGACAGAUAAAGCUUUAUUCCAAAGGAGCAGAUACUAUUCUGUUUGAAAAACUUCAUCCUUCCAAUGAAGUCCUUUUGUCUUUGACGUCAGACCACCUCAGUGAAUUUGCAGGGGAAGGCCUUCGGACCUUGGCCAUCGCAUACAGAGACCUGGAUGACAAGUACUUUAAAGAGUGGCAUAAGAUGCUUGAAGAUGCGAAUGCUGCCACAGAAGAGAGGGAUGAACGAAUAGCUGGGCUAUAUGAAGAAAUUGAAAGAGAUUUGAUGCUACUAGGUGCCACUGCUGUAGAAGAUAAGUUACAGGAGGGUGUUAUUGAAACAGUUACAAGUUUAUCACUAGCCAAUAUUAAGAUCUGGGUCCUAACAGGAGACAAACAAGAAACUGCCAUCAACAUCGGUUAUGCCUGCAACAUGCUGACUGAUGACAUGAAUGAUGUGUUUGUGAUAGCAGGGAAUAAUGCUGUGGAAGUGAGAGAAGAACUCAGGAAAGCAAAACAAAAUUUGUUUGGACAAAACAGAAAUUUUUCCAAUGGCCAUGUAGUUUGUGAAAAAAAGCAGCAGCUGGAGUUGGAUUCUAUUGUAGAAGAAACCCUAACAGGAGAUUAUGCCUUAAUCAUAAAUGGCCACAGUUUGGCUCAUGCCCUAGAAAGUGAUGUCAAGAAUGAUCUCCUAGAACUUGCUUGCAUGUGUAAGACUGUAAUUUGCUGCAGGGUCACUCCACUCCAGAAAGCCCAAGUGGUAGAGCUGGUGAAGAAGUACAGAAAUGCUGUUACUUUGGCCAUUGGUGAUGGGGCCAAUGAUGUCAGCAUGAUUAAAAGUGCUCACAUUGGUAUUGGCAUCAGCGGCCAGGAAGGAUUGCAAGCAGUCUUAGCCAGCGACUAUUCAUUUGCACAGUUUAGAUAUCUCCAAAGGCUUCUCCUUGUUCAUGGAAGGUGGUCUUAUUUCCGAAUGUGCAAAUUCUUAUGCUAUUUCUUCUAUAAGAAUUUUGCAUUUACACUUGUGCAUUUCUGGUUUGGUUUCUUCUGUGGUUUCUCAGCCCAGACUGUUUAUGACCAGUGGUUCAUCACCCUUUUUAACAUUGUUUACACAUCACUGCCUGUUUUAGCCAUGGGGAUUUUUGACCAGGAUGUGAGUGACCAGAACAGCAUGGACUGUCCCCAGCUCUACAAACCGGGACAGCUGAAUCUGCUUUUUAACAAGCGUAAAUUUUUCAUUUGCGUGUUGCAUGGAAUCUACACCUCAUUAGUCCUUUUCUUCAUCCCCUAUGGGGCCUUUUACAACGUGGCUGGAGAAGAUGGGCAACAUAUUGCUGACUACCAGUCCUUUGCAGUUACCAUGGCCACAUCUUUGGUCAUUGUGGUCAGUGUGCAGAUAGCCUUGGAUACCAGUUACUGGACUUUCAUUAAUCACGUCUUCAUCUGGGGGAGCAUUGCCAUUUAUUUCUCCAUUUUAUUUACAAUGCACAGUAAUGGCAUCUUUGGCAUCUUCCCAAACCAGUUUCCAUUUGUUGGUAAUGCACGACAUUCCCUGACCCAGAAGUGCAUCUGGCUUGUAAUUCUCUUAACAACAGUGGCUUCGGUUAUGCCAGUGGUGGCAUUCAGAUUUUUGAAGGUGGAUUUAUACCCAACCCUGAGUGAUCAGAUCCGCCGGUGGCAGAAGGCUCAAAAGAAGGCAAGGCCUCCAAGUAGCCGAAGGCCUCGGACCCGCAGGUCAAGCUCAAGAAGGUCUGGAUAUGCUUUUGCUCACCAAGAAGGCUAUGGAGAGCUUAUCACAUCUGGAAAAAAUAUGCGAGCUAAAAAUCCACCCCCAACAUCAGGGCUGGAAAAGACACAUUAUAAUAGCACUAGCUGGAUUGAAAAUUUAUGUAAGAAAACCACAGACACAGUGAGCAGCUUUAGCCAGGAUAAAACAGUGAAACUGAAGCAUGUCAGCAUCUGCUUCUGGGGAGGCCUCAGGAAGCUUCCAAUCAUGGCAGAGGUGAAGGGGGAGCAGGCACAUCACAUGAUGAAAGCAGGAGUAAGGAAAAGGGAGUGGGGAAGAUGCCACACACUUUGAACAACCAGAUCUCCUGUGAAUUUAUCACCAAGGGGAUGGCCCAAGCCAUUCAUGAGAGAUCCACCUCCAUGAUCCAAACAUCUUCCACCAGGCCCCACCUCCAACAUUGGGGAUCACAUUUCAACAUGAGAUUUUGGCAGGGACAAAUAUCCAAACUGUAUCAGGACUAAGGACCAAGCCCUUCUCUGUCUCUUGGGACUAGGUAAGACCUGAAAUUCUUAUACGCUCCAAGGAGAUGGAAUGGAGAGACUAGAGGUUCAGAGCCAGUCUAAUUUGAUAUGAAAAGGUAAAAAAAUUUGAUACUUCUUACAUCUCAGUUCUGUAGAAGAAACUCAAACCCAUUGUGUAAUUCUUUCACUUGAUAUUUGGUAUAAUAGUCAUGGUCAUCAGCUCAUUCUGAGUAGGAGUGCUAAUGAAGGAUGUGUGUCUGUCAAGUCCAGGCUGCUUCAUACAACUCUUGUGCACUCCACCCUCUAUCCCCCCAUCAUCCUCACCCCCAGUUCUUCCUCCUAUUCCCCACACUGUGGUGUUGUUAAUUCAUCCACCCAUUAGGCUGAAAUGCAGGAUAUCAGGCCCAGGCCCCUAAUUGCUGUUGUAGACUGGAUACACAUUCUUAUCAACUCCCUUUACCAUGGGCUUUUUUCUCUGACCCUCUGGUAAGUGGCCUGGGACCUUCUCUAAAAUAGCAUCAUAAAUCAGCCAGAGCUGGAGUGGUAUCACCACAAAAUGAAGAAGGAGAUGAGUAGAGUACCUUCUACACAUCCUCAGCCUGGGUGGCUCAAAGAGGAACUAUGCUUGUCUAAGUACCAUUGAUGAUUGAGAUAGAAUUGUAAGGUGGGUGAUCUGUCUUGUGUAGCCUCCUUCACUCUAAUCUAAUCUUACCACCUAACAUGCCCUUCCCCAUCUAGGUUACUCUUCUAAGUCUGCCUCAGUUACCUGCUGUAACCCCUUUAAAAGUGUUCCAGGUGAUUCUCCUGCAUUCGCCCAGGAGACUAUGUACAUACUUUCAACUUGAUGCAGGAACUUCCUUCAGAAUAAGCCUGCAGAUGGCAUUCAGUCUCUGCUCAGAUGUUCCCAAUGAUGCGGUGCUCAUGAGCUCAACGAAGCCAGCUCCCUUCGAACAGCUCCAUUGGUGAGGAAUCUCCUUCUUCUUUUGACCUGAGGUCUGUUUCCCCAUCAUUACCCUGCAUUGUUUGCCUCUGCCCUUGCAAAAGAGACUGAAUAAGUAUCUCUCAUGUGACAGCUCCUCAAAUAUUUGAAAAUAGUUGUUCUGUCCUUUCUUUGAGUUAAAUAGCAGCUUUUGUUGAUUGUCUGUAGUCUUUAAAUUAGUCUGUAGUCUAGAUAGUGUGAGUUGGAAUAGUUUCUGACCUCAAAAAUGUUUUGGUCUUCCUUGGGGACCUUGUCUAGAUCUGAGAAGGAGUACCUUGAGGCUGAAAAAAUAUGAAAAAAUAAAAACUGAGGAAAAGGUGGUGGUGGGAGAAUAAUUUCCAAAGAAUGGCAAACUGAUACCCAAAUAGUCAAGGGGAUUUCUCUAACACCACUUCUUAGUAUGGGAUAGUCCCGAAUGUCCUUGGCAUAAAAGAAUUGAUGAGAACAAAAUCCAGCAAGAAACAAAAAAUGUUUUCAUAGUAAAAGAAAGGACUUGAGCAUCAUGGGGAGCUAGGAAAGGGGAAUAUUUGAGAGAAAGUCAUGGGACAUAUUGAGUUGUAGGAAAAAAGUGAAAGAACAUUUAUACUCUGUAUAGUUUGACCACCUAGGAGACGGAGGGGAAGGAGAAGCCAGGGGAAUGGCUGACACUUUAGAAAGUCCAUCGGUUACCUGUGGGACUGUUAGCAAAGAUGCCUUCUCUAAGCGCAUUUACCCACCUGGAAAAUGGGGAUCAUGAGAUGUUCCUUGAAGGAUUGUGAGGAUUACUAAGUGCUGGGUAUUGUGCUAAGCCUCAUAAUAAUUAGCUCAUUCAAUGCAAUCUUCACAGCAACCCAGUGAGGUAGGCACCAUUAUUUUCCCCCAUUUUAAAGUGAAAGAAUCAAACCCCAGAGAGGUUAAGUAACUUUCUCAGAGACGUAUAAUGGAAGAGCUGGGAUUCAAACCCCAGGAGUGGCUUGUGCUCUUAACCCAAUGCUAUCUCUAGUUGACACUUAGGUCAUAGAUUUGGUCUUUUUUUUUUUUUUUUAAUUUUAACUUUUAUUUUAGAUUCAGGGGGUAGAUGUGCAGGUUAUAUAGGUAUAUUGCACAAUGCUGAGGUUUGGGAUAUGAAUGAUCCUGUCAUCCAGGAAGUGAGCAUAGUACCCAAUAGUUUUUCAACACUUGCUCCCUUCCCCUAGUAGUCCCCAGUGUCUAUUCUUGGCCAUUUUUAUAUCCAUGAGUACCCAGUGUCUAGCUCCCACAUAUAAAGGAGAACAUGAGGAAUUUGGUUUUCUGUUCCUGCAUUAAUUUGCUUAGGAUAAUGGCCUCCAUCUGUAUCCAUGUUGCUGCAAAGGACAUGAUUUUCUUCUUUUUUAUGGCUAUGUAAUAUUCCAUGGUGUAUAUGUACCACAUUUUCUUCAUCUAAUCCACCCUUGAUUGGCAUGUAGGUUGAUUCCAUGUCUUUGCUACUGUGCAUAGUGCUGUGAUAAACAUACAAGUGCAUGUAUCUUUUUCGUAGAAUGAUUUGUGUAUAUACCCAAUAAUGGGGUUGCUGAGUUGAAUGAUAAUUCUGUUUUAAGUUAUUUGAGAAACUUCCAAAGUAUGUCCACAGCGGCAGAACUAAUUUAUAUUGCUACCAACAGUGUAUAAGUCUUCCCUUUUCUCCACAGCCCUGCCAGCAUUUGUUUUUUGACUUUUUAAUAAUAGCUGUUCUGACUGGUGUGUGAUGGUAUCUCAUUGUGGUUUUGAUUUGCAUUUCUCUUAUAAAUACUGAUGUUGAGAAUUUUUUCAUGUUUGUUGGUCACUUGUCUGUCUUCUUUUGAGAAGUGUCUGUUCAUGUCUUUUGCCUACUUUUUAAUGAAGUUAUUUGUUUUUUGCUUGUUCUGCUGUUUAAGCUCCUUAUAGAUUCUGGAUAUUAGACCUUUGUCAGAUGCAUAGUUGGCAAAUAUUUUCUUCCAUUCUGUAGGCUGUCUGUUUACUCUGUUGAUAGUUUCUUUUGCUGUGCAGAAGCUCUCUAGUUUAAUUAGGUCACACUUGUCAAUUUUGGUUUUGUUGCAAUUGCUUUUGAGGACCUAGUUGUGAAUUCUUUCCCAAGGCCAAUGUCCAGAAUGGUGUUUUCUAGGUUUUCUUCUAGGAUUCUUAUAGUUUGAGGUUUUACUUUUAAAUCCUUAAUCAAUCUUGAGUUAAUUUUUGUUUAUGGUGAAAGGUAGGGGUCCAGUUUUAUUCUUCUGCAUAUGGCUAGCCAUAUAAACAAAAAUUAAAUCCACCAUAAACAAAAAUUAAAAAUAAAAAUUGACAAGUGGGACCUAAUUAAACUAAAGAGCUUCUGCACAGCAAAAGCUUCUAUCUCAGCACUGUUGAUUGAAUAGGGGGUCCUUUUCCCAUUGCAUAUUUUUGUUGUCUUUGUCAAAGAUCAUAUGGCUACAAGUGUGUAGCUUUAUUUCUGGGUUCUCUAUUCUCUUCCAUUGGUCUAUGUGUCUGUUUCUGUAGCAGAACCAUGCUGUUUUGAUUACUGUAGCCUUGUAGUAUAGUUUGAAGUAACAUAACGUGAUACCUCUGGCUUUGUUCAUGUUGCUCAGGAUUGCUUUGGCUAUCUAGCUUGUUCUUGGGUUCCAUAUGAAUUUUAGAAUAGCGUUUUUCCAGUUCUGUGGAAAUGACAUUUGUACCUUGAUAGAAAUAGUAUUGAAUCUGUAGAUUGCUUUGGGCAGUAUGGCCAUUUUAAUGAAAUUGAUUCUUCCAAUCCAUGAGCAUGGAAUGUUUUUCCAUUUGUUUGUGUUAUCUAUGAUUUCUCUCAGCAGUGUUUGUAGUUUUCCUUGUAGAGAUCUUUCAACUCCUUGGUUAGAUGUAUUCCGUGUAUUCCUAGAUAUUUCAUUUUUGGGGGGCCAUUGUAAAUUGGAUUGUGUUCUUGACUCGAUUCUCAAAGCUUGAACAUUUUUGGUGUAUAGAAAUGCUACUGAUUUUUGUGUGUUGAUUUUGUAUCCUAAAAGUUUAUUGAAGUUGUUUAUCAGUUCCAGGAGCCUUUUGGCUGAGUCUUUAGGACUUUCUGUCUAUGGAAUCAUAUCAUCAGCAAAGAGAGAUCAUUUUACUUCUUCUUUUCCUAUUUGGAUGCCUUUUAUCUCUUUCUCUUGCAUGAUUUCUCUAGCUAAGACUUCUGGAUUCAUUCUUCAUAGUUUCUGGUAGCUUAAUUUUUGGUCACAAAUGUGCACACUUCCUAUUAAGGCUCUUCUUUUUUAUCUGAUUCCCUUAGACAUUCAACACCCUUCAGUAUUUCUUAGCUGUUUCUUUAUUUUCUCAACUUCUAAGCUAUGAGUCAGUUUAAGGAAAAAAAAAGAAUUUUCUUUGAAAGUUACCUUAUCUGCUUUUGUUUCUACAGGAGAAAGUCAGAACCUGACUUGAGCUAACACUAGGCAAGUGUCCAUUUUCCAUGGACCUCUGCUUUGGUGCUUCUUCAGAUACAUAUGCUGGAAUCAAUCACUGUAAAUUCUAAGCAAGUUGCUUUUUGCCUAUAAUAAUUUUAUAAAUUAUUCAGCAUGCAUACUAUACUA